AUGAACGAAAGGGGUCCAGCAUCUGCUGAGCGGCCAGCUAAGAGGGUCCGCCAAGCGUGCGAGCCUUGCAGACGGAAGAAAGCAAAAUGUCCAGGAGAACAGCCGGUCUGCUCUCUCUGUGCUCGGCUACGACAGACAUGUAUGUAUGCAGGCGAGAGGCGCAGAUCACCUGUGAGCGGUGCUCCUAUCCCAGAUAUUCCUGCUACUCUUGUUUCAGAAGAGGACCGUCUAGAUGGCCUGGAGGCAAAAUUGGGGUGCGUCCUUGACGCAUUAGAGUAUGUUGCCUUACCACGCCCCCCAGUCAACAUGCCGCAAUGUACUUUUAAUUCAAUCCCACCAGUUACCACGACGGCUUCAAUGACUUUAGCGGUGCAGGAUUGUCCGGUUGUUCUUCCCACAUGGGAAAAGGUCCUUGCCAUAGCUGAGUUAUAUCUCAUAUAUUGUGACUGUCAACCACUCCCACUGUUCCAUCGGGACAGCUUCAUUGCAGGUCUUGGUGGGCGGGAACCUGAAAUCAUCUACGCCAUACUUGCACUAGCUAUACGGUUCUCAGAGGACACGUAUCGUGACACGGAGGAUCUUGUGAAGCAGAUUAAUGGCUACGCUGAGGUCGCACGGAGCCUUGUUAUGAAGAGAGUCUCACAGGGUCCCGUUGAGCUCUCGACCCUUCAGUGUCUCUGCCUCCUCAGCUUAGUAGAUUUCACUAAUGGGAAUACGCAUCGUUCCAAUAUCCAUAGCAACCUUGCUAUGAAUCUAGCUCAAUGCUCUAACUUAGCCUCGGACAUUCGUGGUGCGUCUCCAGCCAUCCGCGAGGAGCGACGACGGUGUUUCUGGAGCAUCUGUCUUCUCAAUCGUCUGCACGGUGGGGAUUUUACCGUCAUGGAUUUUUCCGAAGGAGAAUUGCCUCCUUAUCCUCAAAGUGCUACUAAGCCACCAUUCAUUUCAUCACCACAAACAACAAGAAACGAUGACAGAUCAGCCCAUAUGUCCGACCAGGGGAUCGUUGCGUACGUUACUAUGCUCUCCCAGGUAUAUUCACGAGCAGCCAGAUAUGUUAGGCUUCAUGGAAAGCCAAGUAGUAUCCCGCCGUGGUCUGCCGAAUCAGAAUACUCAAAGGUGAUCGCUCUGCAAAUGGAACUCGAAACCCGCGUGCCUUACACCCAUCGUUUCAAGGUGGCGAAUAUCGGUGAUAGAAGCUUGGAAGAACUCCAAGAGCACCGCGAAUACUGGGGCCCUUGGUUUUUGAACCAGUUUUUAUACCAUACUAUUUUGUGUCUGCUAAACCAUCCGUUAUUGCUGUCCCUGAGUCUUCGGAAUUUCCGAAGUACUAUCCCAGAGAUAUUCCUCCAGCAUAUUUCAGACCUCAUAUCCUCCCACACAACCUGGAUUAUUCAUUUCAUCAACUUCUUCCAAGAGAAGUCAUUUGUGGUAUCCGAUCCGUUUUUGGGGUACAGUGCAGCGGUUGUAGCUACUAUCGAGCUACAGCUCAGCUUCACCGAAAACGCCGCCAUUAGAAAAGAGAAGAGGAAUCGAUUCUCUACAUGUGUUAGUUUUGUACGAGAUCUUGGUAGGAAGUGGCCUCACAUGGCACGUUUGGCAGAUCGACUUGAGAGACUUGAGGGUGCCGUUUCAGCAUCGUAUCAGGCAGAUGGUCAACACAACCAGAGCCUCCUGAUUGAUCUCUCCCGCUUCUGGGAGAUCCUCGAAUAUUCUUCAAACAGCGACGCAGACUCUGCUCGGCGACUUUUCGGCGAUUCACUUUACUCGAAACCGCCAACCGUGGAUAAUGAAGUAUCACAGACUUCUCCGCUCCCGGAGCCAUAUCGGCUAGAUGAACAACAGCCCCGAUCACGGACACCCUCCAGGGACUAUGAUGGUAUCACUACUAUGUUCCCAGCUGGAGCAGACUACGGGAUCAGUGCAGUCUCCCCGCAGCCACUGGAUCUCUCCAACGAUGAGUUUUCUAUCCUUGCUACCAACUUUUUCUCUCAGGGACAGGAUUUUCUGCGUGUUGGAGAAGGUAGAGAUGACAUGGGAAAUUUCUGA